AUGUGGGGCCAGUACCCCGCCUUAGUUGACGCCCCAGGCUCGAUAGUUGAGGGCUAUGUGUACAUUGUCGAAACAGCCGAGGACGGCAAGAAACUCGCCGCCUACGAAACAAGUAGCUACAGCACCGAGUCUUGUCUUAUCAGAUACACGGACAAACAAGAGCCCUCUCAAGAUCUUGGGCACACGUUCAAGUUUAUCGGGAAUCCACGCGAUUUAAGCGAAGGCACUUUCGACUUGAGGUCCUGGCUGAAAAUGAUGGGGAGAUAG